CGUCACUUACUGCACCAGUGGACUCUGACACUGUUGAACAAAACCCUGUACCUGAAGGUGUGAUUCUCAACUCUCUCUUUCAGAACUUCUACGAGAAUUCACAACCUUCACCUUCUCCUUGCACACCAGCUUCAUCGUCAAACAUUCCACAGCAACCAACUACUUUCACUGAGAUUCCACUCCUUCUCGGACUUGAUAAUGAACCAUCUACUCCGUCAACUCCCCAAACUAAUCACGGAGGAGUGGAUGAUCACGGGUUUGCUACCACAUCAGAGUCAUCUCCACCGCACGCCUCAGCUGCUCAAGAGUCACCAAUCCCUUACCAGGACUCGGAUCAACCGAUCAUUACACCUAAUCCUCUUGCACAUGAGAGGAAAUGGACAAGAGCUCAUCCCACUGAACAAAUAAUCGGUGAUCCGGGUCAAGGUGUGCGUACGAGAUCGGCUACUAUGAAUGAAUGUCACUAUGCAUGCUUUCUAAGCCAGAAUGAACCAUCUAAAGUCUCAGAUGCACUCGUUGAUCCAGAUUGGGUGAUUGCUAUGCAAGAUGAGCUCAACCAGUUUGACAGAUUAGAAGUAUGGACACUCGUGCCUAAACCCCCUCAGAAAACCAUAAUUGGCACCAAAUGGGUGUUCAAGAACAAGAAGGACGAAGAAGGCACAGUGAUACGCAACAAGGCACGGCUGGUCGCUAAAGGAUACAAUCAGCAAGAGGGCAUAGACUAUGAUGAAACAUUUGCACCCGUAGCAAGAAAUGAAGCAAUACGCCUCUUUCUUGCGUACGCGGCCCACAAGAACUUUACCGUCUUUCAAAUGGACGUCAAGACUGCCUUUCUGAAUGGAGUCUUGGAAGAAGAAGUCUAUGUCGCUCAGCCCGAAGGAUUUGUAGAUCCCAGAUACCCCAACCAUGUGUACAAGCUGAAAAAAGCUCUGUAUGGACUGAAACAAGCCCCAAGAGCUUGGUACGAUGCUUUAACUGAAUUUCUGGUUGACUCAGGUUUCUCAAAAGGGAAGAUUGAUACUACACUUUUCAUCAAGCGACAGAAGUCUGACAUCAUCCUGAUUCAGAUCUAUGUUGAUGAUAUCAUCUUCGCCUCCUCAAAUCCAUGUCUGUGCAAACAUUUUGAGAAACUAAUGAAAACUAAGUUUGAAAUGAGCAUGAUGGGAGAGCUAAACUUCUUCCUAGGCCUGCAAGUAAGACAACUCUCUGACGGCAUUUUCAUCAAUCAGUCCAAGUAUAUUUUGGAAAUGCUUAAGAGAUUCAACAUCGAUAGCAAGUCUUCCAUGCCGACCCCUAUGUCCCCCACCAACAAACUGGACUCAGACCCUUCUGGGAAAUCAGUCGAUGCCACAAACUAUAGGGCAAUCAUUGGAUCGUUGCUGUAUCUCACGUCUAGCAGGCCUGAUAUCGUCUUCUCUACAUGCUUAUGUGCACGCUUUCAGGCGAAUCCAAAGGAGUCCCAUCUGACGGCUGUUCGAAGAAUACUGAGAUACCUCAAAGGCACAGUGCAUCUAGGCCUUUGGUAUCCCAAACACUCAGGUUUUGACCUCGUCGGAUACUCUGACGCAGAUUUUGCUGGUUGCCGGAUGGACCGCAAAAGUACCUCGGGAGCUGUCCAGUUCUUGGGCGAUAAGUUAGUCUGCUGGUCUUCCAAGAAACAGAACUGUGUGUCAACAUCUACGGCCGAGGCAGAAUACGUCGCGGCUGCUAGCUGUUGUUCACAAAUAUUAUGGAUGAAGACCCAGCUAAAAGACUACGGUUACACUUUCUGUCAUAUCCCGAUCUACAGUGACUCUCAGAGUGCCAUCGCCAUCACCAGCAACCCGGUUCAUCACUCCCGCACGAAACACAUCGACCUGAGAUAUCAUUUCAUCAAAGACCACGUGGAAAAAGGGGAUAUUGACAUGUACUUUGUAAGCUCCGAGCUUCAACUGGCUGAUUUGUUUACUAAGGCAUUGGAUGAAAAGAGAUUCCAGUUCCUGGUUUCCAAAUUAGGCAUGUUGAACCUCGAGCCUUUGUAAUUCUGUUUCCUCUGGUCUGUAAAAAUGUGUGUGUGUGUGGGACCUGUACAAAGUGUGUGUAUGUGUGUUUGUAAUUUGUGUGCGUUGCAUGUGUCGAGGGGGAGACAAAGAGCAAAAAAGAUCAAAAAUAGUGUGUGUGCGUUUGCAUUCAUCGAGGGGGAGAAAAAGGACUAAAAGAUCAAAAAAAAAUAGUGUGAGUGAGGUGCAUUUAGUGUGUGUUCAUUGCAUUCAUCGAGGGGGAGAAAUUUUGAAAAAUCUUAAAAAAAAAAAAACAAAAAAAAAACCAACAACAAUGCGUGUGUUGACUUCAGCGAGGGGGAGUACUUUUUACUGAUCAUAAAUGGAUCAUUUCACCCCUAAGGCCCAAAUUUCUUUUCGGCCCGUUUCUAAACUCGCGUAUAUAUACUCAUUUUUAAUCCCCUUCCUUCCCAUUGCCUAAGCUUCCUUCUCGCAGAAAACACUCCGAGCUCGAAUUCUCACUAACACUCUCCGCCGUCCUCCAAACUUCCCUCCCUCUCACAGACCUCCACUCACCCCUCACACAGGUAGAUUUUCACUUCGUACUUCCCAUCACUCUCCUCUCUCAGACCUUCACACAUCUCGAACUGUCCCUUAACCAAAAUCACAAUAAAAAAACGACGCGCUUUUCCUCAAAAUAAAUUUUCAAACAAAAGGGGGCUUGAUUGACUGAUUAUCCUUAUUAUUGCUUUGUUUUUCAGGUGGUUAUCUUCUUCGUGCGAACACGAGUUCUGGAACUCGAGUUCAUGGACUGCCGUUUCAAAUUCGAGCAGACCGCGAGUUUGUAAACUCGCGCUCUGGGCUCGAGUUUGUAAACUCGCACUCUGGGCUCGAGUUUGUAAACUCGCGCUCUGGGCUCGAGUUUGUAAACUCGCCUUCAAGGCUCGAGUUUGUAAACUCGCGCUCUGGAGCUCGAGUUUGUAAACUCGCCUUCAGGGCUCGAGUUUGUAAACUCGCGCUCAGGGCUCGAGUUUGUAAACUCGCGGCCAGGGUUCGAGUUUGUAAACUCGCGGCCAGGGUUCGAGUUUGUAAACUCGCAGCCCGGGUUCGAGUUUGUAAACUCGCACUCAGAGCUCGAGUUUGUUAACUCGCACCCAUGGCUCGAGUUCGUAAACUCGUGCUCAUGGGCUCGAGUUUGUUAACUCGCACUCAUGGGCUCGAGUUAACAACCUUGGUGCCAGAACUCGUUUCCUCAUCUCUGAAAUCCUAAACCCAAAAUAAAUUUUUUACUAACGGGUGCCAUUCUUUCAGCUCAAAAUGUCAGGCACUCAACAAGAUACUCCCCAGGAGGAUGCGCACUACACACAGCUGUUCCCCAAAUACAAGUGGGUUCGGCUACAAGACAACAACUUUCAGCUCGACCUAGCUGUCUUCAGGUGCCCUGAUCCGGUCAUUCCCAUAAUUCUUAAGGGGCAUUACAUCUGGCAAGCACUAAGCAAAGCGAUCACGGUCCCCGAAAUCUACUUGCAACAACUAUGGGGGACCAUGCACUUGACAUCCAAGAAGGACGCAUCCAGUCUGAGUGCAACGCUCCACAACAGACGUCUCACUUUAACAGCAUCCACUCUACAAGCCAUACUGGAGCUGCCUAUCCACGAUACCUAUGAACAACUACCCUCCAAGGCCGAACUAAUGGAAGGACUAGUGCAAUUGGGUUAUGAUGCUCCGCUACCGUUCCUGUCCCACUUCAAGCUGAUGAACCUGCCAUACCCGUGGAAGACACUGUUCGGCCUUGUCAACAAAUGCCUCUCUCCAAAGCACGCCGGCCAUGACAAGUGCAACCUGCAGAUCUUCCAAAUCUUCCAUGGGAUCGUCUUCGCAAAAAAUUACGAUAUGGCGCAGCUAUUCUGGAUUGAGCUGGUCACUCAAGUCCAAGACAAAGAGGACGGAAAGACGGGUAUGCCGAUUCCCUACGCCAGAUGAUUGGCGCUCAUUAUUGCUGACUACAUGACCGCCCACCCAGGGAUCCCACAGCGCAAAGAUGAAGACCAGUUCACUGCUCCGAAACUCCAGUACUUCAAGCGCUUCAAGCAUGACACUGUGGGGAUGACCAUACCCGAUUAUCUGCUGGACCUGGGAAAUCCACAACAUUCCGCAGUCAUCCAGUAUAGGGAGAGUCUACUGAAAGAUGGCCCCAUGGUUCAGUCAAACCCAGCUGGACCUGCCCCGGGGCCUAAGCCGAGAGCUAGUAAGGGUCCGAAGAGAGCCAGUAAGCCACAGAAACCAGUGGCGCGUGUGCCCCAUGAAGGGAAGUCUGAUGAUUCUCUCGAGAGGAAUCAGACGGCUGAGGGCGCACGUACAAACGCUGCGGAACCUGCCGAUGAAUCGUUCAGCCCGGCCCACAAAAAGGCUGACGAUGAGGCCUCCAAUAGCGUGGCCAAAGACGAUGAGGAUGAUGACGGCGAUGAUGACUCCGACGAUAGUGACGGCGUGGAGCACACUUUCACUCUGAUCCGAAAGGGGAAGCUGCCAAUUGAUUCUCCUCCAAAGAAGGUCACCCCUGAGGAUGUAGCUCCUUUUAUAGCUGCCCGUCCCAAGACGUUAGUCCUCAAACCCGUGAAGGAGACAGCUACAACUAAGAUUGCUGCUCCCCGGUCACCUAAGGCUAAAGCCAAGAAGCAGCGUCCUGUCCGAAAGAGUUUGGUUGCUGACGAGGACCUUCAUAUUUUCGACGACUGUCUUCCCUUCAUCUCUAUAAGCCGAGCCGAAUCUCUAAGUACAGGGGCCAACCUUGUUGGUCCCCGAGUAGAAGCCGCAGCAUCGGGCUCAACUGCGCAUGCACCGCCCUCUCCCAGCCACUCGUUAGCCUCCCAAAAGGCUAACGUUUCAACAUCACGGGACUCACCCACCUCACUGGUUCCCUCCGAACCAGUUGAGCGCUCUAGUGGCCCACCGCCCGAGGCCACAACCCCCUCUUUCUCCACAUCGAGUCUAGGUGUCACAUUCCCCACAUUUUCCAAUUUUUCUAGGACACCUACACCUUUCACAGCACAUACAGGUGCACACACCCUGGAUACAACGACCGGAGUGCAAACAAGGAUGGUCGGAAGCCCUGCUGUGCCAAAAAUGACUUCAUCUUUGCACGCAGGCCACACAUCAACUCUCUUCACUGAUGCUGUGACAACAGUUACAACCCCCGUAACUGGAAACCUUACACCCGAAGACGUUACCGUUCUCAUGAACCGCUACAUGGAGUCCACCAUCAAACCAUGGGUGCAACAAGCAUUCACCGCUUGGGCACAGGACUCCAAACCAACCCCAGCGGUUCAUAGUGAACAGAGCCACCCCAAACCCCACUCUUCACCCUCUCAGUCCAUUCCACAACCCACUCCUACCAUCCCUCUCCCAUCCACCACACCAUUUAGCCCUUCACUCUCUCGGGGAACCCACGAUACGGAACUGGUAUCGCCCUCUGCCUCGACCAAUCCCUACCACCUGUCCCGCCUUGAGCUUGCUGAUCUCCUGUUUCUUCGGUUGCUGGAGGUCGACACUUAGCACCUUUCACCCUUCGAACGCGACCUUCUCCAAAUUUUCUUCAAACAUGACCGCCCUCAGUACGGCACUUGCCGUGACAGUCCCCGAGGUCUCAAACGUUCCCAUGAGGAUCCCGAUGAUUCGGAACCUCAUGAGGGGGAGAACAAGAGGCCUCGGACACUUGAGCAAGCAGCCUCUACCAGCCAUGAACCCCAGCCAAACACCUCAUCAAACCAGCCCACCAACCAACCACUACCUUCCUCGAGCCACAACCAAGCCCAACUCUCUAGCCUGGUCGAGCUAGACGAAACAUCCCGAGGCUUAUCUCCUAGAGAUACUGUCCGAGGAGGGGAUGGAAGUCCUGUAGUGGUUACCUCUGGUACAUCACAAAGUUCAGGCCAUCGAUCAGAACACAGUUCGAAAUCGAUGACAACAUCCCGAGGCGUGUCUCCAAAGGAUACCGUUCGAGGAGGGGAUGGAAGUCCUGACAAUGCUAUAUCUGACUCAUCUGUCAAGUCAGGCCAUCAGCCAGAACUCAGUUCUAACCUGAUGACAACGGGCAAUCCUAGUGAACCCGGUUGUGACUCACGAGAAAAAUCACCACAGCUGAGAGUCCCCUACAUUCCCCAAGGCAAAGAUAUUCACGAUGCACUCGAGGAUGCUGUGGUAUAUGACGUUUGGCCGAGAAAAUGGACAGAGUGGGAUGAUCUUAGAAGCGAAGCCGAGUCAGAGGAUAUGCAGCGAAAUUGGUGGCUGAGAGAGUUACUGGCCAAAUGCGCAGAAGACAUCAUACGCCUUGAUGAAGAGGAACUCAAGGAAGGGGAGGACUACAAAAAGAUACCCAGGGAGCUAGAAUCCGUCAUCAGACAAACGGCAAGCAAGUUGCCCCCAAAAGAAAAACUCUGGGAAAACAUCAGAAUAAAUGCCCCCUUCCAAGAGGAAAUCAGAAAGGGAAUUUGGAGAACCGCAGACAAGCUCAAACAGCUAGAUGAACUAAAGAUCCGUGGUUUGACUCACCUCAAAGGAAAAAUGGUUGGCGGACAUCUUCACAUGCUGAUGCACAGAUCAUCUGGAAAGCAACGUCAAGUACUGGAGAGAGAUAUGAAGUCCAGCACCCAUCCUAUUGACGCUAUCCUUGAUAUACACAGAGAAGAUCAUCACACCAUCCCGUUCUACAGCUUCAAAGUUCGACGGACAGACUCCAGCAUAUUCAUCUGCCAGGAAAACGACUUUAUAAUGAUGAAAAUGGAGGAUAUCUACCAAAUGUUCAUGGUAAGUAGGUACCUCCCACUGAGUCGAAACAGGACACACGAAGAAGGCUAUGAGGCGAUCAAGCGGUUUAUGCUGAGACAGAUCAGAUUCUAUGCUGCCCAUGAUCUACAGAUGGCCCUGGAAAACAAUGUUCGAAAAGCGAAUCUGGUAAAACCGACUCUGAACGGUCCAGAGCUCAAAAAGUACAGACCAUACCACAUCUUCAAGGACCCAGUCUCCAUCAUAUAUCUCAAUCACGAGGAACAGAAAAGACUCAUGUGGGUAGAAGACAUUCACAAAUACUGUGAUGGGACUCUGAAGAUCAUUCAGACUAAGCUACAAGAGAUCAAAGAAAAUAUAGAUCCAAGACUUGCGGACGCCAGCGAGGAAGAGCUCCAAGUAUACGAGAAGGUGUGGACCAUCCUAAAGCCUAUCAACGAGCAACUUGAAAAGAGAAGAAUGCUGAGACAGUAUGAGCAUGCGCUAAAUUUCAGAAAACAUUACUUCAGAUCUCAAAAAUAAAUGCAAGACGGCACUUGAUCACAAAGGGGGAGAUUGUUGAAGACUAUUUAUUGUGAAUCAAGUUUGUCUGUCUUGUCUGUAAUAAGUUAGAUGUUUACUAUUUCUAUUCUGUACUGAUUAAAUAUAUCUGUUAGAAUAGUAUACAAUAUGGGCCAAGUGUUAGGCCCAUACUCAGGCAAGAAGCCUUUGUACGCAUACCUGAGCCUCGCCUAUAAAAGAGGGAGGAGGACUCAGGUUUGUGGUUAACUUUCGUAUCUGCUCAAAAUAGCCUUAGCGCUUAUCAUUCUUGUACGAAAGAUUCACGGUAUAUCAGAGAAGGUUUUCACUUGAUCUUUCUGUGUUCAUCUCUAUUGUUAAUCUUUCAUCUGUAUGCCAUAUUAUACUGUUGUUAUAGAAAACAGGGAAUAUCAAGAAGUGCUGAACCAAAUUCAAAUCAUAAUUGGUGGACACUUUCUUGGCAACUGGGCUACGUACACGGAUGUUGACCCUAAGGUCCGUGAACUUUGGUGGAACUUGUUCAAGGUAAAAAAAAUGAAUUUUCCGUUAUUGUUGUAACCUAAAUUUGACAAAUGAUAAGUUAAUUUAUUUUUUUAAUAAAGACCCGGUUUCGUUGGACUGAAGAACAAGGUCCCGCUAUUCUAAGGGCGUAUAAUGCCAGAGUUUCAAACUGGAUUCGUCCCACUUUUAAGCGUGCCCGAGCCAGUGGGGUAAGGCCUCAAUGGUGUUCGGAUGAGGUAUGGGAAAACCUCGUCCGCCACUGGUCUUCGGAUCUGACUUUCUUGGCUAGAAGCGAAGCCGGGAAGAAAAAUCGGAUGUCCGAGAAGGCAUUGACAACACAAUGGCACGGAGGCCGCAAACCUCAGAGUAAACAUAAAGAAGCUCUUGCGGGGCCUCAAAAGAAGAGGGUUUCUAUCCUCAAGAUCAUCAAACAUUGUUGGACCCCGCACGGAGAUGAGUCAGAAGCCAAUCUGCCACCCCGCCUUGCUGAAAUCGAAGUACGUAACAUCAAUUUUAUUAUUUCAAAUCGAAGUAAAUAUCAUUUCAAUAAUUUUUGUACAUGCUUGUAGACAAAGUAUAACGCAAAUGCCGAAAAGAAGCGGGCGGAACUAGGCUUGACGCAAGAAGAUGACAUCGAUUCUGAUGUGGAAGAUGAUGCGAUCCUUGAGGCAACUGGGGUGUACAAGGGUCGGCUUCCGUGCCUCGGGGCUGAGGGGCAACGUAUUUUGUACGAUCACAGCGGCAGCGGAGCUUCAUCAUCUUCUCGAUCUAGGCGGGGAGAGGAUCCACGCAUCGCCCAAUUGCAGCGAGAAUUGGAGGAGCAGCAGCAGACAUUCGAACAGCUACGGAAGAAUGAUGAAGAAACAAGGGCCCGGCUGGAAGCAAUGGAACGGAUCGUUGCCGGAUAUCAGCCUCCACCUCAGCCUCUUCCUCGGCCGUACAUGUUGCACGUUGAGCAGACUCCUCAGGUUCCGCACAUGGGUAAUAUGGGUUAUCACUCUAACUCCGGAUAUGGUGCCAUGCCUGCAAUGGGGUCGACAUUCGGAUCUCCGUCGUCUGAUAUUCUCAAUCAGUUUCAGUCAUCCGGUGGAGGCAGCCGAGGAGGCAGCCGAGGAAGCAACCGAGGAGGCAACCGAGGAGGCAACCGAGGAGGCAACCGAGGCAGCCGAGGAGGUACCCGACCCUUAGACACCGUGGAUGCAGAAGAGGAUCAUCAUCGUGACUAUGAUGAUAAUGAUGACGCAUAUGAUUAUGAUGAUUCUAAUUUUUAUCAUAAUGGAGUACGACGUACGGGCAUGUAAUUACAUAAUAUUGUUUAACAUUGUAUGGAUUUUGUUUUUAUAAUUCAUUCUGUAAUAACAUUUUUUAUGUUUAAGAUUGUA